CUGGAGCGCCCCGGAGCCGGGCAGGAGUAGGGUGCUCGGAGGCGUCGGUGCGGCAGCUUUGCGGAAGAUGUGAGCGCGGCAGCCGGAGGCAGUCAGAAGCCGGCUCCGAGUACGUUUGCUGGAGGACGUCGUUUGAAGUUGAUCCCGCGGAGGAGAUGCUGCGGCCCGAGGACUCGUCCUGGAGCAUUUCGUUCGCCGGCUGCGGGUUUCUGGGCAUCUACCAUAUCGGAGUGGCCAGCUGCCUGUGCGAGCACGCCCCGCAGCUGGUGCACAACGCCAGCAACAUCUACGGGGCAUCGGCCGGCGCGCUGACAGCCACUGCCUUGGUCAGCAGAGCCUGCCUGGGAGAAGCUGGUGCAAAUAUUAUUGAUGUUGCUAAGGAAGCACGCAAGAGAUUUCUGGGCCCACUGCAUCCUUCCUUUAACAUGGUGAAGAUUAUCCGUAGCCGACUUUACCGGGGGCUUCCAGACAAUGCGCAUCAGCUAGCAACAGGCCGACUGGGCAUUUCUUUGACCCGUGUGUCUGAUGGAGAGAAUGUAUUGGUGACCGAGUUCAACAAUAAAGAGGAGCUUGUGCAGGCCUGCAUAUGCAGUACAUUUAUUCCUGUGUACUGUGGACUAAUACCACCAACAUUGCAAGGCGUGAGAUAUGUUGAUGGAGGAAUUACAGAUAACUUACCUCAGUAUGAACUCAAAAACACAAUUACAGUGUCUCCCUUUGCCGGUGAGAGUGACAUCUGUCCUCGGGAUUGCUCCAGCAAUAUGCACGAGUUGAGAAUAACAAAUACUAGCAUCCAGUUCAACCUGCAGAACAUGUACCGUCUUUCCAAGGCUUUAUUUCCUCCUGACCCAGAGGUGAUGUGGGAUAUGUGCAAGCAAGGAUACAGUGAUGCCCUUGACUUCCUCAAGAGGAAUGGUUUGUUAAACAGGCCGCAGCCUUUGUGCAGUCCUUCUCUGUCUGCUCCGAAUCAGUGCGACACAUUCGCUGAUGAUGAAGACUUCGAUGAAGAAGCAGCAAUGGAAACAGCAGAGGGAAAUCAAAUGGUAGUACGAGGUUGUUGCAGUAAGAACAAUGACCAGAUUCUGGAGCACUUGUCACCACGGCUUCACCAAGCACUAAUUGAAGCCUGUGCUGAGAAACGAGGUUUGCACACCGUCUUUUCAAACAUGCUGCCAGUCCGUUUGGUUUCUGCCAUGAUGGUGCCGUAUACUUUGCCCCUGGAAUCCGCAGUUUCAUUCACCGUAAGAAUCCUGGAGUGGUUGCCCGAUCUCCCAGAAGACAUUGACUGGAUGAAAGAUCAGAUUGCUAGUGUGUUGUGGUACUUCAUCACAAAUGCCAAGGUGAAACUAGGACAACAGCUUUCCACAAGGCUGCAGUAUAAUAUGAGGCUACAAAGGACCCAGAGUCUUUUCGUCCUGCCGUCGCCUUCCACCAACUCUGUCCGGCAGUGGAUCCGAAGCAAUACUUCAGUGAUGGAUCUCAUUGUGAAAUGUGAACAGUACCAACGCCACCUGUGGCCCAGCAUGCCCCUUAUGAAUUGGAAACCUCUGGGGUCCUUCUCCCAGCAGGAUCUUGAUCAUGGUUUACUAAUGAAACCAACCUCAUGAACCAAAUUUGACUAUUAGAAAGGGCACACUUCCACAUAGAGCACGUCUUCCUUUAAGUGUCAUGUUAUCAGCAAGCUUUACACACACAUCUCGUACAUUCUUCUUCUGUGUCAAUGGAAAUAGUCCGUUUGAAAAUCUGUGGAAUUGCACGAACCACUCAUGAAGCCAAGCCACUAAUCAAGCAACUUCGAGUUGAACAAGUUAUUUUCAGUAAACUCUUUCUGCAGAAUGUUAAUCUGUUUGCUGCGAUGCAACUGGGAUAUCCAGUUCAGUAGUGCAAUAUCUGCACUGUGAUACUUUUCAUUUAAUGUAAUUCUUUUGAAAUAUGAAUUGAAAUUUUACCAAGCUUCACUUUUAAGUAUUUAGCUAAGAACUUAGUUUGGUAAAACUAAAUUUUGAUGUGGACUCAGUCGAAGUAAUGGAGCUGAUGAAUUGAAUCUCCAAAUGGAAUAGAUAGUUCGCAAACUGCAGAAAUCAACAGUGAAACCCCAAAGAAAACUUAGUCUCAUUUUUAAAAAAUCUCUAGAUGGAGGUGCUAUAUUUACAAAAUUCUUACUUUCUACUGAAGUUGCUACUGGAAAUUACGUAAUCAUUUUCAUACCUCAUCAUUGAACACACAGGAUCAGUGCAACCCUUCUGUGCCAGAUCAAUGCAAUUUUACGCUACUUCUUUUUGUACGUUUUAUUUGGAAUUACUCCUGCAGAGUAUUUAAAAUGCUAUUCUUUUGUUUAAAGUCUUGCUAUUUUUUAACCUGCUGAAUGUAUUUGGUGUUAAAAAUUUUGUUGUUUCAAAAAAAGUUUAGCUGUUUAUAUUUAAAAGUUGUUUCGAUAAGAUUUGUUGUAAUAUACUUUGAUCACUCAAUUAAUAUAUCAAAUUACAGUUUAUUUUUAAGGUUAUUUUGUUUUGAAUCUGCAAUUUUGACAUUUUAAGACUCCCCAAUAUUAUCUAUGUCCUUUAGCUUUUUGGGACAUAACCUUUGAAUUUCCAUGCUUGAGGAAUCAUAUAACUCAUUACUUGUAAUAUAAAAGCUACAUUAACAGUCGAAAUCAAUAUAAGAAUUUCCCUUCUGCUUCCAGACAGCCAAGACAAACUAGAGGCUACCUACUCAUUGUUUGAUUAACAGAUAGUUUAGGGUAUUGAGGUAGGUGCAAGGUUUUAAAAAAAUGGCAUUUCUUGGAAGUUUACUUGAGAAUUGAGUGUGUUGUCAGUUGGGCAGUCAUGAGUAAAAUGGCAAUAUAGUUAGAACUGACUGUUAUUCAGAGCUUGGACAUUUGUUGGCCUUGAUUAAUGGGUGCAAUAGCCAGUGUGGAUUUUGUGUUGCCACCUGAGAUUAAUUUCUGUCUUGUGAUGUUGUUUCUUUAGAACUUUAACACAUCUAUUACCAUUGACCAUUGUAACUCCAUGGGCAGUUUUAGGGAGACAGCAUUCCAGUCAGCUCCCUUCUGAUAAGCUAUUCUACCAUUUUCUACUCAUCUUUGUGUACAAAGUGCAGAGAGCCUAGAGGUGUCUUUUAAGCAUACUAUAAAAUUUGUUAUUGUUAAUUCUUAUUUGAGGCACUAUUGACUACAAAUUCAUCCCUGGCCAGUAGCGGUCAGUUGUAGCCUCUGAAAUUUAACACCUUUGAAGUUAGUGGAGUUUCAGGACCAAAAUAACAUAUUGACAAGGGAUGAAUUGCUAGAUAGUUUACAGUUGUUUUCCAUCUAGAGCUAUAGAGAAUCCAGUGUCAAUUAAUAUCCUAAUACAGUUAUUAACAUUCCUUUUAGGUUUAUUGGAUAAGUUGAACAAGAAAGUGAUGGACAGUUACAUAAUAUGUAAUGUAGCUACCCUUCAUUGUUUUCCUUUCUGCUUUAGGUCUUUUUCAAUACAUUACUGAGGGAGUUGACAAGUGGCUUGUUGUCGAGCCCUUUCCUCUGUGGAGCUGUGACAGAGUAGCCUUAAGUUUCUCCCCGCUACCAUUUUCAAUUGUUCUUUGAACCUUUAAACUAAUUGUGUCAGAAGAUAAAAGUACAGCCAAAUCUGAUUGUACAAGCUCGGUGACGUAAUCAAGGUGAAUCUGGGAGUCCCAUUUUGGAUUGUGUCUGAAUGGCAAUGAACUUGCAAUAUUACUAGCAUGGACUUUGAUGUCUCCUGAAAAACAUUAUACUGAAGAGUAGAACACUUAGCAAUUCAAGCAACGAAGACAUACCUGCCAUGGUGGAAAAUAGAUAUAAUACCUUGUAAAUAUUAUGAAGUAAAAUACUGUACCUGUGUACUCAUUAUUAUUAGAAUUUCAAGAGGUUAAUUAUGUGAUGCUGAAAUUAAUUUUGAGAAUAUUGUAUAGGAUGUACAUAGCCUUCAUUCUAAAAGAUAAAGAUUCCACAAAGUUAUGGACAAUUUUAUUUUUCUGAAAAGAGGGUUGAUUUGUUAUUUAAACAAAUUGUACUUAUUUAACUAAGAUUGUAUUAUUUUUGAAGUUAGUAUUUAAAGUUCCAAUUAUAGAUUAUAUAUUGAGGUGCAGAGCGAAUAAGAGGGAUUGUAAUUUGGGAAAGAUUAAGCAGAGUUAUGUUGGAAGCAAAGGGUUCACUAGGACUCUACAAUUCAUUGGCACUUCAUGGGAAACUACAUGUGAAUGAAUGAAAUCAAAUGGAAGACAAUAUAAUUGAAAUUCCCACAGGUGAAUUUCAGAGGAGCUUCACUGGAUAGGAAUUGCAUGUCGAAAGCUUGACUUCUUUUGCCUUCCUGAGGUUAUUUGAAGUACAGUACUGCAAAUGUAUUUCCUGUCUAGUUAAAUUGAUGGUUGCCACAAAUUGGUCCCUUUGGUCCUCGGCUCUGUUUUAUCCAUGUGUAUAAUAUCUCUAUGUCAGAAUUAAUUAUCACCAAACAGUCUAAUUCCUUUUACCACCUCUUUAAAGUUUAACAUUUCAACUUGCUUGAUUGCAAAACCCUGGUAGAAAAUAACAUGUGACCAUAGUUAGUGUAAGCCUACCGAAGGAGUCUGUGGUGGGUGAUUUUCUGACAUUCAAAUGUGUUCGUAGUAGGCUGAUUAAAAGUUAAAACUUCAGGCAGGAGUCAGAGAACAUUAUGAAUCCUAGCCAUCUGUGUCAUAUUGGUUUGUAAGAUUAUCUGAAGAUACAUUCUUGUUCUGCCAAUUACCUGACUGAAAAAAAUAUAAACCUCAAAAAUUUUCAUUUUCAUUUUGCUGUUAUGGCAAACAAUAAUUUGUACUGUAAAUUUUGAUUCAUAAUUGCAUUCAAUUUUGUCAUCUAUAGACUGAUACAAAAUCACCAUGCAGUGACAAAGAUUUUCACUGAGAUCAGACUGCUUAAACAAAGUUAUUUACUGUUUUCCAAAGCUUAAUUUGCUAUACAAUUGUAAGUGGUUCUGUAUCUUUGUGUAAGGAAUAACUCUGGAUAAUAAAUAUAUAAUACCAAGUGCACUUGCUAAGAGUGUUUCUCCAUGAAGAGACACUGUUUUUAAAUUUGUAAUGCUGAGUUUAGCUCCAUAAUGCAUGAAGAGUGUAGCAUUUAGUAUGAUUUUAUUUUGAACAUCUCCAUAUUCUCACACAAACUCAUCCUGGAAAUUCCACAGAAAUACUGGGAAAAGCUGGGUGAUUAGGUUAACUGAGUUUAUAUCUAUAGAGAAAUGAUCAAAAUAAUGGUAGGACUUAGUCAAAUAAACAGGGGAAGUACUUUUAUCCAGGGAAUGGGCAACAACACACAAGUUAGCAGUUAGUAAAAGAAAUUGUUCUAUGCAGAAAUGCCAGGACAGUGAUGGAAAUAAUAUUUAUGUUAAUGUAUUGAAAUGAAUAGGCAUUUGAAAAGGCAAAAGGAAAGACGGGAAUGAGAUAAUAGAUUGGCGAGGCUUUGGUGGGGUGGAAGCACUGGUCUGUGAAAAAUAGAUGAGUCUACUAGGCCUGUUUCUAUAAUACGUUCAAGAACUUAUCUACAUUAUGAUGAUUUGCUUUACACACUCUGUAUGUGGGAUUAGAUUGUCCUUCACCCUGUGGCUGUGUAGAUCCCAUUUAUACUUUUAUACUCAUUUGAUUUUUCCAUGGAAUGAAAGUUAGGGGAAGAUUCGUUAAGGGUAUGUUUUCUGCACUACUAACUUACACUUGCGUCAGUGGAGACAAAACUGUUGCAUAGUUUCUUGAGGACUUGCCAUCUCUUUAAAGUGAAAGAAAUUGGUAAUGACAAGUCCUUGUAGUUCAGAGAGCUAAAGUCAUGUUUUUUUCUGUCCUCUGCCCCCAGUUCUAAUACACCAUUUAAAUAACUCAAUAUUACCUAGAUUAAUCAGCCAGAUUUUCAUAAUCCACUCUGAUUUGGGUUGGGUGUGAGAAACUGAUUUCAAUGGCCCCCGGAUGCUUGCUUAGAUGGCAAGGCUCAUACCGUGUUUGGGCCUUGGAUGGGAUAGCACUGAAAUCCCAGGCCUGGAAAGUCGCAGCAUGUUUUGGGGAGAAAAGUGUGAUUUGUGAAAGGUGUCAUUGAUUCAAUAGUAAAGCAGUAAGUAAAGAAAAAUGAAAAUAAUUGAAAUGAUCUAAAAUAUAAAGCCAAGUAAAUGGGGUGGGAGAGGAAGGUGGGAAAACUACCUUCCCCUUUUGUCUCUUCCCCUAACGCAAGCCUAGUAACUCCAAUCCCACACCAGGUCUGCCUUAUGCAGGAUCAGAGAGGUGAUUUGCCCAUGUUCCCAACAAGAUUGGCCUCCUUUCUUGGACUCCAUGCAGUUUGCCAGACCCUUUCUCUGCCACCCAUCCCCACCACCUCCAAUCUCUCUUUGCAAGUUCAAGGCCCAUUGCAUUUGCAAAUGACUCUGGAACCUGGUUCCAUCUGAAUGGAAAAACUGAAUUGGUUUGCAAGGGAAUUGUUAACCUCAAUCAACAAGACUAUCUGACAACACCACUUAGUUUAAGCCACAUGGUUAGGAUCAAAAGAUGAUCCUAUAUUAAGGGUAAUACACCCUUUUCUAGUUAUGACAUCUGUAACAACUUGCACUUAUAUAGUGACUUUAAAAUCAUAGAACAUUCCAAACCACUUGCCAGGAGCAAUUAUCAACCAUUAUUUAAUAUUGAAUCACAAAGAGAUGUGAACAGAUCUUGGUCAAAUGUGUACAUUUUAGUUGCAGUGUCAGAGGCUUGCACUGAAAUGGAGAUGUGCACGAUGCCAAAAUAGGAGGAAUAUUGACUUCAAAGGGCUAUAGCACUAGGAGAGAUAAGAUAGCCAAAGCAAGAGCGAGAUUUGAAUGAAGAUGAGAAUUUUAAAACUCAGCUAUUGCAGGAUAACGAGAGCAUGUAAGUGGGUGAACAGAAAAAUGAUAGGUGAAUGGACUGUGCAUGUUAGAAUAGGGAUAAUGUUUUGGAUGUGUUCAAAUUUAUGCAGGGUGUAAACCAGGAGAGCAUUGGAACAGUGAAGUCCAGGGAAACAAGGUUACGAAUGAGGAAUUCUGUAAGCAGGCAGCACGUGGAGUGUAGGUGAACUGCAAAGGGUUUGGGAAGAGCAUUGGAUGAAGUUGGAUGACAAGACUGUAUUUGGUUUGGCUAGGGAGAAGGUUGUCAGUGGUGAAGAUUUAAGGCUAGUGAUAGAGCCAGAUGAAGAUGGCUGGCCAGUCCAAAGUUUAAUGGGAGAAAGCUCCUGCUCAUUUGAUAAUGCAUGUUGAACAGGUUUUCUGAUGAUUUAUGAAGUAGAAAUUUUUUAACCAGUUAUUGGUGUGAGGCAUGCAGUGCAGUCGAUAUGCACCGGAUUUUCACUUCUGUCUUCUGCAUUCAGUUAUUGAAAGUAUUGGUAAAGUUCGCAAUGUAAAAAGAAGCUGUUUAAGAGUGCUAGACCAUUCAUUCUUUGGCAGAAAUAACAGUAGCCAAGUGAGAGGUUAUGAAACAAAUGAUGAAACAUUCAUUGACCAUGAAACAAAAAGCUGCAGUGAGAAGAUUGUGGAAGAAAGCUGAACUCUUUGUGGUUGGUUAUAGUAAUUUUUAUGGAGAAGGAUUGUAUUCUAGCAAAAAUUUGUCCCAUGAACAACAACACUAGAGGCCAUGUGGUCGUUAUCUCAUUGCUGUGUUUGGGACCUUGACAAGCGCAAAUUGUUCGUCACGGCGCUCAACACCAGAAAUUACUGACGGUGCUUCAAAGUUCUUUGAUGUGCAAUGCACAUUUUAAUUGGGAUUCCUGAAACUGGGAAUUGCUAUAUAAAAUGAAAGCUUGUUUGUCAGUUGCCAGAAACUGCUUAAGAAGCAAACGAUGGUGUCAUAAUAUAAUAAUUGAUGGGGAUGACUUGCUUUGAGAAAAUUCCUUUGUAAUGUCUUGACUGAGGUAGGUAAAAGUAAUGCAUUUUAGAACUUACUAUGUUUGGGUCUGCAGUCCCAAAGAGAAGCAGACCUUUUCCCUUCUGGUUUUAUCUCGUUUUAAGCCACAAUUUCUUAUGGUUAGUUUGCUCUUUGUUUACGGAUUACAUGUAAGUAAUUAACAGCACUGCUUUUGUAGCCAAUUGUGUAAGGUAUCACAUAUGUAGGGUUUCAAGCAUGUUAGAACCUGUCAGCCAUUGUGAGACUUAUCUUGCAGAUUACCACCAUGUUAGGAAGCAGAAAAUAAUCCUAAUGGACAUCACUUACCAACUUGUUCCUUCCUUUUUAUAAAGGUACUUGGCUUAUGGUGGAUAAGGUUGCGUUUCUACAAUAUGUAUUGUCAUAAACGGCUUUGGUCCUCUGAAGCCAUGGGCCCAAGUAAAAUCCAUUUCUGAUCCCGCCCACCCGCCCAUACACUUCCAAACACUCAUGUCUUAUCACUAUCAAAUAAACCAAGGUAGUAAUUGAAAGCAAGAAUUCCAGGUGACUUUAUUUUAAACUCUCCCCUCGAAUAUCAGCCCUGAGUUUGAAAAUUUCUCUCUGGUUGAGAGAAUAGGAUUUAAAAGCAGAGUGAUGGCCUGUAGGCCAUUCUAUCACUUGGCAGCUGCACUUAUCUACAAGGCCGUCAGGGGGAGUUUAACUUCUCUUGUAUAUGCAUUGAUUUUUGAACAUGGCAUAGCUCUGAAUCUAAACUAACACUUCUCAUUGUUCUUGCACUGCUGUAUUGUAAUACUCAGUCUUUUAACUUAUGAGUUAAUUAAUAAAAAUAUUGCAUUUA